AUGGAGGGUCAGUCACCUGUACCCCAGGUGGAGGAGGCCCGGUUAGCUGUAGCCCAGGUGGUGGAGGCCCGGGUAGCUGUAGCCCAGGUAGUGGAGGCCCAGGUAACUGUAGCCCAGGUGGUGGAGGCCCGGGUAGCUGCAGCCCAGGUGGUGGAGGCCCGGGAAGAUGUAGCCCAGGUGGUGGAGGCCCGGGAAGAUGUAGCCCAGGUGGUGGAGGCCCGAGUAGUUGGAGCCCAGGUGGUGGAGGCCCGAAUAGCUGUAGCCCAGGUGGUGGAGGCCCGAAUAGCUGUAGCCCAGGUGGUGGAGGCCCGGGUAGCUGUAGCCCAGGUGGUGGAGGCCCAGGUAGCUGUAGCCCAGGUGGUGGAGGCCCAGGUAGCUGUAGCCCAGGUGGUGGAGGCCCGAAUAGCUGUAGCCCAGGUGGUGGAGGCCCGGGUAGCUGUAGCCCAGGUGGUGGAGGCCCAGGUAGCUGUAGCCCAGGUGGUGGAGGCCCGAAUAGCUGUAGCCCAGGUGGUGGAGGCCUGGUUAGCUGUAGCCCAGGCAACUGAGUGGUCCAGACCUCUCAUUGGACAACAUCAGGGCCUCAUUUGCAUAUGGGGGGAGGACCAGACGCAGCAGCAGGGAUGA